AUGUCGUCUUCACAAGAUCCGCACCGCGAAGGUGAAGAAGAUGCCUAUGUGGGAGCCGACGAGGCGGAGGAGGUCUUCCAGCGUGAUGAGGACCACCCGAUGGAGUCUGACGGCGAAGAAGACCAAGAAAUGACUUUCGAGGACCAAGAAAUCACACUGGAGAACGAUUCUUCUGCACAUUUCGACCUCCACAACGAUUCCGUUUUCUGCAUUGCUCAACAUCCCAUUCAUAACGCAAUUAUCGUCACCGGCUCCGGCGACGACACCGCCUACAUCUUUGAUUCCACCCCGCAGACCGAACGCCCCCUCCUCCCCCAGAGUUACGAGUCCAACCCCCAACCGAAACAGGAGCGCAAGUCCCUGGAGCCUCUCGCCAAGCUCGACGGACACACGGACACCGUCAACGCGGUGGCCUUCACAGAACCAAAGGGAGAAUACCUCGUGACGGCUGGCCUGGACGGCAAGCUGCGCGCCUGGCGCGACGCCUCCCCGCAGCAGACCGGUCAGAAAUGGGACUUUGUCGCGGAGACGCAGGAAGUCGAGGAAAUCAACUGGGUGGCCGUGUGCCCGUGUGGGAAGGAUGAUGAGGAGAAGCGCAACGUCGUGGCAUUGGGCGCCAACGAUGGCAGCGCCUGGGUGUUCCGCAUCGACCACAACGACUCCGCCGAGCCCAUCAGCAUCAUCCAGACCUUCUUCCAGCACACCGCGUCUUGCACCGCCGGCGCCUGGUCGCCCGAUGGAAACCUCCUCGCGACCGUCUCGGAAGACGGCAGCUUCUACGUGUUCGACGUGUUUGGCGCGGCCGCCGCCGCAGGCAUCUCGUACUCGGCCGGCACCAGCGCCGUCGUCGGCCUGACCGCUGAAGACCAGCGGUUCGCCGUUGACGGAGGCCUGUAUUCGGUUGCGGUGGCGCCGUCAGGCACGUUUGCCGCUGUCGGAGGUGCAGAGGGCCACAUCAAGGUGGUUGGUCUGCCGCGCCUCGCGGCCGGCGGUGCGGCUGGCAAGUCGAAGUCGGGCGGGUCGCAGGCGUCCGCCGCGGGAACGCUCCUCGCCUCGCUCCAGGCGCAAUCCGACGGCAUCGAGACGCUCACGUUCUCCUCCCCGCCUCUGAACCUCCUGGCGGCGGGCUCGGUCGAUGGCUCGAUCGCCCUGUUUGAUACCGCGCACCGCUUCGCCGUCCGUCGGCACAUCCGCGAGGCGCAUGAAGGCGCCGUCGUCAAGGUUGAGUUCCUGCAGAGCCGCACAUCUGCGACGCCGCUCGCUCGCCCCGGGCCCAUUGCCGCGACGGCGGCUCAGCAGGGCCGGUCAUAUCUCCUCACCUCUGUGGGUAUGGACGGCGUCGUGCGACGCUGGGACGCCCGCGGUGGAACGGCUGCCGCGGCGCACGGUCUCCUAAAGGAGUGGAAGGGGCACUUGGGCCUGAUUGAGAAUGCCGAGGGUGAACAGUCCGGUGGAAUUAUGGGUUUUGUGCAGGGCUUCGAUGGGAAGCGGAUUGUGACUGCCGGUGACGAUGGUAUUUCGUUGGUUUUUGAGGAGUAA